GUUUGUUUGCAGAGCAGUGCUGACAUCAAAGUCUAGAUUACUGCUCAGUGGCUAGGCACUUGUCCUAUAACAGGUAAUGUUUAACGUGCCAGUCACAAAGAUCACAGAAACGGCGUAUGCCCAGGAUAAUAUCAAUGUUUUUUUGAAAGCUUGUGAACAGAUUGGAUUGAAAGAAGCCCAGCUUUUUCAUCCUGGGGAUCUGCAGGAUUUAUCAAAUCGAGUCACUGUCAAGCAAGAAGAGACUGAUAGGAGAGUGAAAAAUGUUUUGAUAACAUUGUACUGGCUGGGAAGAAAAGUACAAAGUAACCCCUACUAUAAUGGUCCCUACCUUAAUUUGAAAGCAUUUGAGUGUCUUUUAGGACAGACUCUGACUAAGGCCCUUGAAGACUCCAGCUGCUGGAAAAGAAACGGCAGGGACAGUGGCUACGGUGAUAUCUGGUGUCCUGAACGUGGAGAAUUUCCUGCUCCUCCAGGCCACCACAGGAGAGAAGAUUCCUUUGAAAGCUUGGACUCCCUGGGCUCUAGAUCAUUGACAAGCUGCUCCUCUGAUAUAACAUUGAGAGGGGGACUCGAAGGUUGUGAAAGUGACACAGAUUGCGAAUUUACACUCAAAAUGCAGGAUUAUAAUAAAGAUGAUAUGUCCUAUCGAAGGAUUUCGGCUAUCGAACCAAAGUCUGCUUUACCAUUCAAUCGUUUUUUACCCAACAAAAGUAGACAGUCGUCCUACGUGCCAGCACCUUUGAGGAAGAAAAAGCUGGACAAAAAUGAGGAUAACAGAAGAAGCUGGGCAAGCCCAGUGUAUGCAGAAGCAGAUGGAACCUUUUCAAGCAGGACAGAGGGUGAUUUUUCAAAUCCAGCUUCCUAUCAGAAGGAGGUGUAUGGUGAAAGUGGUUCGGACUCAGAGGAUGAACGAAGGUUGCCUGAUAUAAUUUUGGAUGACUUAGCCAACCGUAGAUUCCAAGUGAAAAAGAAGCCCAGGAGUUUCAUCUCAAACACCACCUCUCCUAACUCUCAUCUGCAAAUGUUCUCUCCUUUUGACACAAUAGCCACUGGGCUGUACAAACUGACGAGUAACCAGAGGAGAACUUGGGGCCCCAGUGUGGAGAACUGGCCACCAGUUCACGAAACUUCAAACUCCUCUUGCUACUUGGAAGAGGCAAGAAAGGCAACAAGCAUACCCAACAUUGUAAAGGACGAUCUCUAUGUACGAAAGCUAAGUCCAAUCAUGCCAAACCCAGGGAAUUCCUUUGAUCAGUUUCUUCCCAAAUGUUGGAUCCCAGAAGAUGUGAACUGGAAAAGAAUAAAACGGGAAACUUACAAGCCAUGGUAUAAGGAAUUUCAGGGAUUCAGUGGAAAGAAUUCAGACUCUAAGGAUGAGCACUCAGGCUCUGACAGAAGCUCCACCAUUUUUAGUAGAAUACAAAAUGCAGACCAUAGACUAGACAUCAACUGUCAAAGACAUUCACGCUUGCUGGAACUAGCUGCCAAAAGAGCCAUAAGAUCACAGGAUACCCAUGCAGCCAGGAGAAGCAGUGGCACUUCAGAUGAGCCCAGUCAGUUUUUAUUACUUCAGGCCUUCCAAACAUACUCUGAUGACAUCUUGUCUUCUGAAACAAAUAUUAAAAUCGACCCCACCUCUGGCCCCAGGCUCAUCACACGCAGGAAGAAUCUCUCUUAUCCUCCAGGCUAUCGAAGAGAUGAUCUUGAGCUGUCAGCUCUGGAUCCUGACUUAGAGAAUGACGAUUUCUUUGUCCGAAAGACUGGGGCUUUCCAUGCAAAUCCGUAUGUUCUCCGAGCUUUUGAAGACUUUAGAAGGUUCUCUGACCAAGAUGAUCCUAUAGAGCGAGAUAUAAUUUUGCAAUGUAGGGAAGGUGAACUUGUACUUCCAGAUUUGGAGAAAGAUGAUAUGAUCGUCCGCCGAAUUCCAGCACAGAAGAAAGAAGUGCCUCUGUCCGGGGCCCCAGAUAGAUACCAACCAGUCCCUUUCCCUGAUCCCUGGACUCUUCCUCCAGAAAUUCGAGCAAAAUUUCUCUGUGUACUUGAAAGGACGUGUCCAUCCAAAGAUAAAAGUAGUAGCUGUAGGAUAUUAGUCCCUUCAUAUCGGCAGAAGAAAGAUGACAUGUUGAUUCGUAAGAUCCAGUCUUGGAAACUGGGAACUACUGUGCCUCCCAUCAGCUUCACUCCUGGCCCCUGCAGUGAGGCCGACCUUCAGAAAUGGGAAGCCAUUCGGGAGGCCAGCAGACUUAGGCACAAGAAACGGCUGAUGGUCGAGAGACUCUUUCAAAAGAUUUAUGGUGAGAAUGGGAGUAAGUCCAUGAGUGAUGUCAGCGCAGAGGAUGUUCAAAACUUGCGUCAGCUGCGUUACGAGGAGAUGCAGAAAAUAAAAUCACAAUUAAAAGAACAAGAUCAGAAAUGGCAGGAUGACCUUGCAAAAUGGAAAGAUCGUCGAAAAAGUUACACUUCAGAGCUGCAGAAGAAAAAAGAAGAGAGGGAAGAAAUUGAAAAGCAGGCGCUUCAGCAGCCGGAGAGAAGCUCUAAGACGUUUAAGGAAAUGCUGCAGGACAGGGAAUCCCAAAGACAAAACUCUACAGUUGCGCCAAGGAGGAGAAUAUAUUCUGUUGAUGAUAUAUUGAAUGAAGAAAAUCUAUCCUCUAUACCUUCAAUGUCAGAAGCAAGUUACCAGAGUGAGAGAGUGGAAGAGAAAGGAACAACUUAUGCUACAGAAAUUUCUCGAGAAGAUUCCACAACUUUUGCAAAAAGAGAGGACAGUGUAACAGUUGAAAUUCAGCUUCCUUCUAAAAGCGUCAAGGAAGAACAACACCUAGCCUCUUUGUCUGCUCAGCCUUCACUGAGUACACAAAUGGCGCCGACUCGUGUUUCAGCGUCCCUCCCUAGAAGUUACCAGAAAACUGAUACAGCCAGGUUAACAUCUGUGGUCACACCGAGACCUUUUGGCUCUCAGUCAAGGGGAAUCUCAUCACUCCCCAGAUCCUACACGAUGGAUGAUGCUUGGAAGUAUAAUGGAGAUGUGGACGGCAUUAAGAGACCUCAGAACAACUUGGUCAGCACCCCUGCUCAAAAUCUUGAAGCUGGCCAGCUUGCUUCGAGCUCACUGGGCCAGAAAGAGGCAGCAGCAGAAGAUGUGAUGAGGUUGCCCUCUCCUACACCCUCCUUCUCUUCUCUUUCCCAAGACCAGGAUGUCACUUCUAAAGCCACAGUCUCUUCAGCAUCUGGCUUUGAUUUAAUGUUGGAAUCUGCAGAAAGGGGAAACUCAUCCCAAGAAGUCUCCAGAUCGCAGGAUCAGUUCAGUGAUAUGAGAAUCAGCAUAAACCAGAUGCCUGGGAACAGCCUUGACUUUGGGUUUACAGUAAAAUGGGAUUUUUCCGGGAUCUUCGUAGCAUCAGUUGAAGCAGGUAGCCCAGCAGACUUUUCUCAGCUACAGGUAGAUGAUGAAAUUAUUGCUAUUAACAACACCAAGUUUUUAUAUAAGGAUACAAAAGAGUGGAAGGAAACCAUGGCCAAAGCCCAAGAAACUGGAAACUUAGUCAUGGAUAUCAGGCGCUAUGGAAAGUCUGACUGGGGCAAAGACCAACCUUCCCUGCCAUUUAGACAGCAUAAAACCCUCAAUCUCACCAGUAUGGCUACCAAAAUUAUAGGUUCACCUGAGACAAAGUGGAUUGAUGCAACUUCUGGAAUUUACAACUCAGACAAAUCUUCAAAUCUGUCUGUAACGACUGAUUUCUCUGAAAACCUUCAGAGUUCUAAUACUGAAUCCAAAGAAAUUAAUGGAAUUCAUGAUGAAAACAACACUUUGGACUCAAAAGCAUCUGAACCCAUUUCUUUGAAAAACUUAAAAAGGCGAUCACAAUUUUUUGAACAAGGAAGCUCUGAUUCUGCGGCUCCCGAGCUGCCAGUUCCAGUCCUCAGUGCCCCGAGCCGCUGGGCGUGGGACCCGGAGGAGGAGCGGAAGCGGCAGGAGCGGUGGCAAAAGGAACAGGACCGCCUGCUGCAGGAAAAAUAUCAACGUGAGCAGGAGAAACUGAGGGAAGAGUGGCAGAAAGCCAAACAGGAGGCUGAGAGAGAGAACUCCAAGUACUUGGAUGAGGAACAGAUGGUCCUAAACUCUAACAGCAUUUCUUUGACCACACGGGAGCCCAGUGUUGCCACUUGGGAAGCCACGUGGGAUGAAGGGUCCAAGUCCUCGGACAGGGAAGGGACCCGAGCAGGAGAGGAGGAGGGCAGCCAGCGCUCAGAGGAAGCUGCUGCCGAGGCCUGCAGAAAGAAGCUGCAGGAAGAGCUCACUCCCCAGUGCCAGGAGGAGCCCAAGGAGCCAUGGCAGCAGGAAGAGCAGGAAAAGAGGCUUUGGGCCGAGGCCGAGGAGCAGCAGCGCCCAGCAGAGACAGAAAGGGAAACAUCCAUCCGAAUAUACCAGUACAGGAGGCCUAUUGAUUCCUAUGAUAUACCAAAGAAGGAAGAAGAAUCUUCAGGUUUGCUUCCUAGUGACAGGAGUAAAUCCAGAUCUACUACUGAACUGAAUGAUUACCCCACAAAUAAAAAUGGAAGCAAUAAAUAUUUAGACCGAAUGGGGAGCUCGAGCUCUUUGCAGAGAGGCUCCAAGAAGGAACAAGGACCAUCAGAAGCAGAGUUGGAAAGACAGCAGAUCCUGCAGGAAAUGAGGAAGCGAACAUCCCUUCACACGGACAGCAGCUGGAUCCGACAGCGCAGCUCCAGCAUCAAUAAAGAGCCCAUCUGUCUGCCUGGGAUCAUGAGGAGAGGCGAAUCUCUAGAUAACCUGGACUCUCCACAAUCCAAUUCCUGGAGACAGUCGCCUUGGCUCAAUCAGUCUACAGGAUUCCAUGCUUCUUCCUCCAUGCAAGACUUCAGUCGCCCACCGCCUCAGCUGGUGUCCACGUCAAACCGUGCCUACAUGAGGAACCCAUCUUCCAGCGUGCCCCCACCUUCCGCUGGCCCCACGAAGACCACCGCCAUGGGUGCAGCCACCACACCGUCCCCCACCCCUCAAAGCCAUUCCCCUUCAAUGUCACAGUCAGGCUCUCAGCCGCGCAACAGGUCAGUCAGUGGGAAGCGCAUGUGUUCCUACUGUAAUAAAAUUCUGGGCAAAGGAGCUGCCAUGGUCAUCGAGUCCCUGGGUUUUUGUUAUCAUUUACAUUGUUUUAAGUGUGUGGCCUGUCAGUGUGACCUCAGAGGCUCUUCCUCAGGAGCUGGCUCUUCCUCAGGAGCCGAAGUCAGAAUCCGAAACCAGCAACUGUACUGCCAUGACUGCUUUCUCAGAUUCAAAUGUAAGAGAGCAAAUCAGAGAGAAAAUCUCUUGUCUUUUAAGGAGAUCACAGAUUCCCAUGCACUUCCCUGAACCUCCAGCCAGCUCCCCAUCAAGUUCACUGCCUUAAUAUUCUAGGUAUAGGAAUCUUAUUAGUCUAUCCCCUUCAAAAAGGAUCUGAAUGGGUCUCACCGCUCAGGGUUCCAGGCACACAAGGGUGGGUUGUGGGGAUCAGGGAGGAACAGCUCCAAAGUCAGGAUGAUGCCUUGUAUCAUCUGCCCAGGUCUGGAGAAACCUCUCAGUGACUCACAAAUACAAACAAACCAAAGCAGACAGUUGACUGAAUCUUCUUAGGCUGAAUUCUGUUUCUUUACUAAGAAUUGGCCUCUCAUCAUCACCUUAUUUCUGUUAUUUAGCAAUGAACUCUGAUUGUGUUAUUUAGAAUAUGAACCACUUUAAAAACUAUUAUUCAGAGUAAUAAAGAGCAAGUCAGUUUAUUCUCUGUUGAUAUAAUCAUGUAUCAAUAUAUACAGUAUUUUUAAAAGGAGAAUAUUAAUUCUGAUUAUAUGGUGUUUCAGUGACAUUCUUGAAAAAUUGAUUUUUUAAAUAAAAAAGCCUUCAUGUCUAAACAUGUGUUUGUGUGUUAUACAAGGUAGAAUAGCAUGGUUAGGUUGUAUGUUGUGUACAGCUACAGCAAGACCACCAUGACUACUGUUUAUAUUUUACACCUUGAUGCUGGUAACGUCUGUUUCUUCUUUACUGUGAAAGGGUGUUACAAGUGUAUCAGCAAAACCAUUUGCUUUGAACUCUGAGGUAUUUAUGUGGCCCCUUAUGUGAAGCGUGCUUUGGAAAUGGGUUAAGUCCAGUCAACUCUCUCUUAUCUGUCAGUGGGUUCUGAGCCUUCUUACGGCAGCCGUCCGGUUUUGUCCUGGAGGCUGAUGCUGAGGUUGGAGAAUGGCCAGGCUGGGCAUGUCCCGUGGGGAGUGUGUGUGCGUUUUUCUCUCUCUAUUCAAAUCCCAAAGCCACGUGGAAAUGAUUUUUUGGAACCAUCAUUGUGAAAGGCCCAGGCCUUUUCUCUCCUUUAAUACAAAUAAUAGAGAGUUGAGUGGAAUUUUACAUCUGUGUCAGCCAUUUUUACUCCGUUUUUACAAACAAAGAAUUCUAGAACCCAGAGGCUGUGGGUUGCCUACCUUUAUCCUGAGGGGGAGAGGCAGGUUACUCUUUCUGACUCACUGGGCCACUCUGGGUGAUGACUGCUAUGUAUCCCCGUGGCACUGUUCAUGUGUUUCUGAAUCUAAGCAUUUUUCUUUCUUUUCUCCUUGCCUGAUCAGCUGGACGGCCAACCGCCAUGUGAUGUAAGCCUCCCCACGAAAGCACUGUUGCAGAUACAAGAAGAGGUGGUGGCUGCCGAUGUAGAUCUAUAAAUAUGUGUUGUUUGUCUGUUUUGCUUUCUUUUUUAAUAACUUUUUUUUUUUUGCCUCCUUAGAUUUCAUAGGAACACUGUAGUCUUGGUAGAAUCUGUCUUUUUGUUGUUUAUUUAUAAGAGAGUAAUUAUAUGUGGGGAAAAGUGCAGUAUUGUUAAGUUCAGCAUCUUUAAGCACAAGGGAAAAAAGUAAGAACUUAAAAAUAUUUUUGAGGCUGAUAAUGAUCUAGCUUGAGUUUCUAGGAGUGUUUCAAAGAGGGUAUUUUAUCGUUUUUUAAAAAAGUUUCUUAAACAUUAUUUGAAAUAGUUAUUAUAAAUAUGUAAUUGCAUUUGCGCUGUGUAUUGUAAUGUAUUCUAAAUGAAUGCAAAACCAUAUGGAAAAUUUCAUUGAAAUCCAUCCCCAAAUUUGCUUUCUGUAUCCUUCCUUGCAUCUGUGUAGUAUGAUUUAAGAAAAUUAGCUUAUGUAAUGUUUUACUUGCUUGAUGAGGGGAGCUCUAUUUUCCUUACCAAUAGAAAGCCACUUAUUUUCAUUAAUGAAAAAUAACCAUGGUUUGUAUACCGGAAGUUUUCUCCUGAAACUAGUGAGCCUUUCUUUCUGUUCAAUUGAAUUUGUAAAUAAACUUGCUGUUGCAUUGA